CGUAUAUCCCUUUCAUGCACAUGUUUUCUUGCAUGGCCUAGCUGUUUCCCAGCCCCGAGCCUCCUGAACACAGACAGUCCGGACUUUAUCACUGGGCGACAUAAACCCUUUACCUACAUCUAGCUAGCUCCUGUGCAGUUUUUGACCUCUAUUGUGCUCACCCUUUGGAUGUCUUCCUUUCCUUCAUUUCAAAUUCUUCCUCCUUUCAGUUGAUUAGACAGUUCCGUUCCUGGCUUUGUUUCUGAAAAGAAUGGCAUUAUUCUCUAUAUAACAAUCUCUUUUCAGUUUGUUAUCAUACACAUGUAGUGCUGCUAAUGCUACUGAGAUGUCAUCUCUAACCCUGGAAGGCGCAUUUGAGCGCUACACGUCGGUGAUCAGAAGCAGUGUGUGGGAUAAACUGCUGGACAAGUGUGUUGGGAGAGGCCUUGCCGAGAGGUUGCAUAUGUCGCGACUUGAGAAAGCACAUGCGCUUUCCGCGCGGGCAUGGGAGGAGGCGAUGGCAGAGAUUUCUAGUAGUCCAACAACUGGCAUUGACGAUGAUAUCCAGUCAUCCAAUGUACCGACGCGACGCAACAGCAGUACAGUUUGCACGUCCGUUGAAGAAGAGUGGGAUAUGUUCUUCAGGGAGCUAGAGGAGAAUGGGUCGCUUAAUGAUAGGCCGUCGGACGAUGAAGAGGAAGAGGGAGCUGGGAAUGGAGCUGGGAAACUGCGUAACGGCGAUGCAAGACGAAGUAGACAAAAAUCUCGCUCUGGUCCCUCCUAUGCGAUGGCUGGAAUUGGCCGAUAUCAUCAUGCAAAAGACGCCCCAAAAGAGUGGACUGAGGAACUCAUUCUUCAGAGUUUAUCAUUCCUAGCUCCCUUUGCCAAGUCCAAUGUUGACAAGUUAGCUGGUUAUCCGGGCUGGCAUAGCCUAUAUUCAAGACCUGACAAUGAUCGAUUGUUGGAUAAGAAACCAGAACGUUGCCGUGGAUUUAUCGUGGGUAAGGCAGAGGGGAUUCCUGCGAGAGGAUUCUCCAAUUCGAGCACUGUGAAGUCUUCUCUAAGUUUCGCGGUUGAUAUGUAUAGGGCCACUGGUGUUGUGGCGCGACUGUCUCCUGUCUUCAAUGAAGACGAAGAACUAUGCGUUCCUGGGCCAGUUGGUUCUCCCAUACGGAAGCUGCCAGUGAUUUUUGUGGAUGAUAGUGAUGAAUGUGCCCUUGAGUCUUGCGAUCCCUCUUCUGUAGUGCAAAGGACGAAUUGUCAGGACGUGGUCUGUGAUAACGAUUUGGAACAGUCAACAGAACUUGAUACUAAGGGCAAAGAAAAACAAGAUGGCAUCUCGCACCACGGUGAUGAUGUGCCACCAUCAUUCCUUUUGACGCAUGAGGCGGAUAGCGGACAACCAACCCCGACAGCACAUAGGUCAGUCUGCGCAAUCAACGGGCAACGCAAGCCAAUCAAAUUCGAUGGGGACAAGGCGAUAAGACUUAGGCCCUGGAAGAUGCACUGGAAAAUACGCUGCUAUUUUGAAGAGAAGGAAGAAAAGAGGAAAGACACACUCGGAGACCAGAUCGUGGCCGCAAAGUAUGCAGCGGUCCGCCGCCGCGAGCAAUAUGAGGCAUGGAUGAGACGGGUAAAUUGCCGUAGCCGACCGCGCCUUGGGUGUAGAGCCGAACGUGAAUUUCCAAAGCAGCCAACGACGACUGACCAACUCGAAUGCGGAGGUGCACAUGAUACAUCCAUUGACGCAGAGCCACUCCUACUUCCAUGCUCCCAAGCCAACCCAUUUGACCAACUAACGAGGAGAGCAGGCAUGCGACCCGCUUCCAAAGCUUUCUUCCCCAUCUUGAAGCCACUCCUCCCCCACACGACAUUGCCAGAAACAAUGAAGAAAACCCGGGAGAAGAUAGCCCGCGGGCUAACGACUCUGAGAUCCUUCUUGGAUGGCAAGAGCUCCACGCCCCCAAUAUCUACCAUCCGAGUACAGGCCCAGAAGCUCGAAGUUAAGCAUAUAAAAAUGUACCGGAGGGAAGUUCUCGGCCUUUCUGCUCUAACAGGGUGCUGCGCUCUCCUUACAGCGGGCGACUGGGCGGGAUACUACAAGAAACGAGACGAGGAGUACAUGCUGCGCAGCCAGGGCCGUCUAACUGAAGAAGAGGAAGCUGCAACAGAAGCGAUCAUCGAAGACUCAGACGACGAAGAUGAUGACCAAAACCACGAUUUCCAGCACCUCCUGCAGAAGAAACUUGCCCGACAGAAGAAAAACACAUGGCCACAACCACCCAUGUACGCAGGCCAUACGGGGCCCACAAAGAUGGACCAGUCACUGGACCCCUUCGUGCCCAAGCCAAUCGAAUUGCUAGACGAUAUCGACCCCGUCAUUCUCACCAAUAUGGACGCGGAGUGCGGCAAGACUAUGCACCCCAUCAGGAUGAAGGAUGUCGAGGAGGUUUUGGAUAUGGAGCACUAUGCUGCUGUUGCUGCGGGUGUGCUUUUGGCGGAGGUGCAUAAGCAUCCCGUCGAGGGGUUGAAGUACUGGGCGCUUCGGGAGAUUUUUACGUUUGCUGGGGAUAAUGGGUGAAGUGGGAAGAAAGGGUGGUGGGAUGGGAGGGUGGAAAGGGUUGGGUUUUUGUGGAAAGAUCGUUUCUUGGCUUCUUUCCUCCUUUUAACUUUCUUUCUUCUUCACUUUUGCUUUCCUAUUUCCCUUUUUCUUUUCUUUUCUUUUCUUUCUUUCUUUCUUCUUUCUUCUUUUUUUUCUCAGAAGAGAUUCACCCACCUCCGUAAUCCUGAAACUGGAGAUUGACUUGGUCCACCAGUCUCCAUAUACCACAACAGCCAGCAA